GAGUAAAAAGAUUGUCUGUUGCUGAAUUAAAUGAACUGCUGGAAGAAAUUGAGACUGCUAUUAAGGAUUAUUCUGAGGAACUGGUACAACAGUUGGCUCUACGAGAUGAGUUGGAGUUUGAGAAGGAAGUGAAAAACAGCUUCAUUUCUGUCCUCAUCGAAGUACAAAACAAACAGAGAGAACACAAAGAAACAGCAAAGAAGAAAAAGAAGCUGAAAAAUGGUAGUCCUCAGAAUGGCAAACAAGAAAGCGGUCAUAUGCCUGGAACACGCUUCAGCAUGGAAGGGAUCUCAAAUGUCAUACAGAAUGGCUUCCGCCACACGUUUGGAAACUCGGGUGGAGAGAAACAGUACUUAACAACCGUCAUUCCUUAUGAGAAGAAAAAUGGACCCCCAUCUGUUGAAGAUCUUCAGACAUUAACCAAAAUCCUGCAUGCCAUGAAAGAGGACAGCGAGAAAGUGCCAAGCUUGUUAACAGACUAUAUUUUAAAGGUACUAUGCCCUACAUGAAGAGGGCUGCCUUUCAAAAUUCGCCAUGCUCCUUGCUGUGAUGAGAAGCUUUCUGUGGAUGUAACUCAUAGUAUUUUUUUCAUUUGGCACUAUACCUAAACCAGUAUGCAUUUACCUCCUCUGUGUGUGCGUCGACUUUCUGAUCCUACAGUAAGUCUUCUGGGCAUGACAACUCAUCCGUUUUAAUUUAAUAGUGCAAUGAACUGGAGCAGGGAACAAACAUUGUACAGUUUUACUCACAUUGUUCUGGCUUUUUAAAGUCUAUUUUUACAUUGUAUAGCAUGUAGUAAAUCCUCCUGCACAUUUUGUUGUUGGAAGGAAAAGUAAACUUUGAAUAGUGUAAAUAAAAUAAGCCUAGUUUUAAGGAAUC